GCUUCAGCUCUUGGAGUAGAAAGCUUGGGCUCUCCGGCUGAAAGGAGCCGCGGCGGGGGGAAAAUGGAGCCCUUCACGGAUGAUCGGCUUCAGCUCCCCAGGAAUAUGAUUGAAAACAGCAUGUUUGAGGAAGAACCAGAUGUGGUGGAUUUAGCCAAAGAACCUUGUUUACAUCCUCUAGAGCCUGAUGAGGUGGAAUAUGAGCCCCGGGGUUCACGACUGCUGGUGCGGGGUCUUGGUGAGCAUGAGAUGGAUGAGGACGAAGAGGAUUAUGAGUCAUCCGCAAAGUUGCUGGGCAUGUCCUUCAUGAACAGGAGCUCGGGCCUUCGAAACAGUGCAGCCGGCUACAGGCAGAGCUCAGAUGGGACUUGUUCAGUACCGUCUGCGAGGACCAUGGUGGUCUGUGCUUUUGUCAUUGUGGUUGCUGUUUCUGUAAUCAUGGUGAUUUAUCUACUGCCCAGAUGUACCUUUACCAAAGAAGGCUGCCAUAAAAAAAACCAAUCAAUGGGAUUAAUUCAGCCAAUUGCAACUAAUGGGAAGUUGUUUCCAUGGGCACAAAUCAGGCUUCCCACUGCCAUUAUGCCAGUACGCUAUGAACUUAACCUACACCCAAACCUAACCUCGAUGACAUUCAGGGGCUCUGUGACGAUUUCACUUCAGGUUCUUCAGGCCACAUGGAACAUAGUUCUUCACAGCACAGGCCAUAAUAUUUCAAGAGUGACCUUUAUGUCAGCAGUUUCAAGCCAAGAAAAACAAGUUGAUGUCCUGGAAUAUCCAUUUCAUGAACAAAUCGCCAUUGUUGCCCCCGAGGCCCUUCUUGAAGGACACAAUUAUACCUUGAAGAUAGAGUAUUCGGCAAAUAUAUCUAGUUCUUACUGUGGGUUCUAUGGCAUCUCCUACACAGAUGAAAGUAAUGAGAAAAAGUACUUUGCAGCAACUCAGUUUGAACCCUUGGCAGCAAGAUCUGCUUUCCCUUGUUUUGAUGAACCAGCAUUUAAAGCCACAUUUAUCAUCAGGAUCAUAAGAGAUGAGCAAUACACUGCUUUAUCAAAUAUGCCUAAGAAGUCAUCAGUCAUUAUGGAAGAUGGACUUGUACAGGACGAGUUUUCUGAGAGUGUGAAGAUGAGCACUUACCUGGUUGCUUUCAUUGUGGGGGAGUUGAAGAAUCUGAGUCAGGACAUAAAUGGAACCCUGGUUUCUAUAUAUGCUGUCCCAGAAAAGAUUGGUCAAGCUCACCAUGCCUUGGAAACAACUGUGAAGCUUCUUGAGUUUUAUCAAAACUACUUUGAAAUUCAAUACCCACUAAAGAAACUGGAUUUGGUGGCUAUUCCUGACUUUGAAGCAGGAGCAAUGGAAAAUUGGGGUUUGCUCACCUUCCAAGAAGGGACACUUCUGUAUGAUAAUAAUACUUCUUCAGUGAUGGAUAAAAAACUGGUUACUAAAAUCAUCGCUCAUGAGCUGGCCCAUCAGUGGUUUGGUAAUCUGGUAACAAUGCAGUGGUGGAACGAGGUAUGGCUAAAUGAAGGUUUUGCUACUUUCAUGGAGUAUUUCUCUUUGGAAAAAAUAUUUGGAGAGCUCUCCAGUUAUGAAGAUUUCUUAGAUGCUCGAUUUAAAACCCUGAAGAAAGAUUCCUUGAAUUCAUCUCAUCCAAUAUCAUCAUUAUCUGUUCAGUCUUCAGAACAGAUUGAAGAAAUGUUUGAUUCUCUUUCCUAUUUUAAGGGAGCUUCUCUGUUGUUGAUGCUGAAAACUUACCUUAGUGAAGAUGUAUUUCAACAUGCUAUUGUUCUUUACCUGCAUAAUCAUAGCUAUGCAUCCAUUCGCAGUGAUGAUCUGUGGGAUAGUUUUAAUGAGGUCUCAAACAAAACACUAGACGUAAGGAAAAUGAUGAAAACCUGGACCCUGCAGAAAGGAUUUCCUUUAGUGACUGUUCAAAGAAAAGGAAAGGAACUUCUGGUGCAACAAGAAAGAUUUUCUUUAAAUAUGAAGCCUGAAAUUCAGCCUUCAGAUGCAAGCUCUCUGUGGCAUAUUCCACUAUCCUAUGUCACUGAUGAAGGAAAUUAUUCAAAGUAUCGAUCAGUAUCAUUACUGGACAAGAAAUCAGUUGUCAUCAAUCUCACAGAAGAAGUGAAGUGGAUCAAGGUCAAUACAGACAUGACUGGCUAUUAUAUUGUACAUUAUGCAGACAACAACUGGGAAGCACUGAUCAAACAGUUGAAAAUAAAUCCUUAUGUCCUGAGUGACAAAGAUCGAGCCAACCUCAUCAACAACAUCUUCGAACUUGCAGGCCUAGGCAAGGUGCCUCUUCAGAGAGCUUUUGAUUUGAUUGAUUAUCUUAGAAAUGAGACCUCUACUGCACCCAUCACUGAAGCCCUGUUCCAGAUGGAACUCAUCUAUAACCUUGAAGAACUGGGGCACAUGGAUCUGGCCUCAAAACUGGUGGCCAAGGUAUUUAAAUUGCUUCAAAGCCAAAUCCAACAGCAGACGUGGACUGAUGAGGGCAGUCCAUCUGUUCGGGCACUGCGAUCAGCCUUGCUAGAAUUUGCUUGCACCCACAGCCUGGAGAACUGCAGCACUGCCGCCAUGAAGCUGUUUAACGACUGGGUGGCAUCCAAUGGAACUCAGAGCCUACCCACUGAUGUCAUGACGACUGUGUUCAAGGUUGGAGCGAAAACUGAGAGAGGCUGGUCAUUCCUCUUAAGCAAAUAUGCCUCUAUAGGCUCUGAAGCAGAGAAAAAUAAAAUACUUGAAGCUCUUGCCAGCUCAGAAGAUGUACGGAAACUACACUGGUUAAUGAAAAGUAGCCUCGAUGGAGAUACCAUCCGAACACAAAAGCUGUCGUUUAUCAUAAGAACAGUGGGCCGGCAUUUUCCUGGACGCUUACUGGCGUGGGAUUUUGUCAAAGAGAACUGGAGUAAGCUUGUACAGAAGUUCCAUCUGGGGUCCUAUACCAUACAAAGUAUUGUUGCUGGAUCAACUCACCUGUUUUCAACAAAGGCGCAUUUAUCUGAGGUCAAGGCAUUCUUUGAAAAUCAGUCAGAGGCAACCUUUCGACUUCGUUGUGUCCAGGAGGCUUUGGAAGUCAUUCAGCUGAACAUCCAGUGGGUGGAAAAGAACCUUAAAACUCUGACGUUUUGGCUGUAACAUCCAUACCUGCACCUCAUUCGGUCACCCAUUCAGACAGCUUGUUAACUUGGGCUCUGCUGCUUUUGCAAAAGCCAAGGUGAAACCAGGAUCGCUGCUGAGUUGUUUGCACUCUUAGGAGUUCUAGUUUGCUCAGGGCCCGUCUGUAUUUUUCAUCUGUCUUUUCUAAAAUGUCUUUGGGCAGUGUGUAGUUAUUUAUUACCAAAUUAUAUUCACCUACAUGCCAACCAUCUACAAAAACAAUGGGUAAUUUUCUACUUUGAAGAUAUUCAAAUGGAGAAAAAAUAUCUGUUUUGGAAUUCUGUUCUAUCUCUCAGUAUCUGGAAAGUGCUGACACCAUAAAAUAAGGAAGGAGCUACCAUAGGAGCUACCAUCUUUGCAGGCUGCUGGUUUAUUAGCGACUUGUUGCUUCUUGUUGAGAGAUGUUAUUUGGAUGUGGUUCAAAGUUAGCUUCAAAAAGUAUGGUAAUGAAGUCGACAAAGCAUGCAACUAUAGAGAACUGACCUCAAGUGUGCAGAUCUACUUUGGUGGUUUUGAAUAAUCCUUUAUUUUCUGGAAGAAGUUUAUAACUAUUAUAUUUUUUUUCUGAAGAAUAGCCAGGUGCUACAGAAUUUUUAAUUUUUUGUUGUAUUGUAAAGCUAAAUAACAAGGCCAAAAGAUUAAAUUUUCCAAAUAUUUAACACUUCCUUUUUCAUCUUUCAGGAAAAUAUUUCAAACCGAGUUAAUGUUAAUUACAAUUAUUUUACUUAUGAAUUCCAGUAUUCUCCAAACCUCUGUACACCUUUAUCACUCCCUGCCAUAGAUACACCUUAUGUUAUAAAUAAGUAUUUCUACAUUUAUGGCAAGCAUUUUUUUAAUACUGGUGUCUCUUAUCCUGACUUUAUUACUAAGAAUACAAUUUGUUUAAGUUGCUUUUUGGCAUAAUCAUAGACACUUUCUCUGAAUCAUACCCGUUGGGUGGAUUUUCAUUUUAUAUGAUAGAGUUGCAUAUUAGAAGCAUAUUUUAAAAUGGGGCCUUUGAGAAAUUGAACAUUUUUAUUUAAAGUUCACCACAGUACCUUAAAGGAAUAAAGAGAAUGUGGGUAGGAGUAACUUGAUUUAGGUUUAAUAUGGUGGGCUUUGAAUUUUUUCUACUGUCAGAACCAGUACUUUUCUUUAGUUGAAAAAUCAAAGUUUUCUUUUGUAAUGGCCAAACUAACAGAUUAUAAGGAAUGGCCAUGGAAAGAAAGAAAGAAGGAAAGAAGAAAGAGAGAGAGGAAAGUAUCCAAAACUGUAUGGCAAUCUUACUCCUUCUAAAGGAGGAAUACUGUACUUGAAUUUUUUGAGCUAUGCAGACUUAUACCUAGAUUGUUGUGUUUCUUUGAUUCUUAGGAGAAAAGCUUUCUUCGUAAUAAUUCUUGUACUUUAUAUUUUGCCUGAAAACAUCUACAUAUAUAAAGAGGAUAUUUACCCAUUUUUCACCUAAGAUUUUCCCAUGGAAUUCCAUACUUUUUAAUGUUAUGCUAUCCCAUCUCUAUGGGGCUUCCAAAAACUAACUCUAAGUCAGGAAUAUAAGGUUAAAUAAUAGGUAGAACAUGUAUAAUAAGUAUUAUUGGAGCUUUUGAAGUUUUUUCCCCCAAGAAUUUUAUUUCACCACUGUAUUUCUGAGAACUCAAAUAGAUUGAAGCACAGCAGAAUAGGAUUCUAUUUUACAUGAGCACAUAAAUUCAUGACACAAUUAAGUACUGUUUGACAAGUGUUAUAUUCAUUGCAGAGUGACAGUCUAUUUGAAUUAAUGAAAAGGCACAUUAUACUAGAUUACUAGUACAAUGUGCCUUCUUAUUGUAGAAGAAAUAAAUGUAUGCUUUGGAGAUCUGAAAGGCUAUGAAAGUAGAAAUCUGAGGAGUCCAGUUUGUUUAUAUCUAAUCACUUGUUAAUACCAAGUGAUUAGACAUAAUUAAACUGAAGUAGUGUCAGCUGCCACCAUAAGUUUGUGCCUUCCUCCAUCUUGUUUUAUAUAAAUCUCUUUAAGUGAAAUUGUGUUGUUUGCCGUUGUUUUGGUGUUCAUGAACUUUCUUACUGUCACUGGUUCUACUUAAUGCUAAUGUCCUUUGCCUUUCGUGUUUUCAUUUUACUGUACUUUAGCCACUGUAGGAACAAAGAGCUGUCAGAAGAGUUCUGGGUAUAUAGAGGAUAUUGAGCCGCGUCAGUCUUACUGGGUACAGAAUAGAAUCCUUUCUGAAUAUUGGAAAGAAAGAAAUGAAAAUUAAGUGAUGAGUUUGUUGGAUUACAGAUAGCCUGUUAUUGAGUUGGAUUUUAAAAGAGUCUACUCCAUCUAAAGCACCUGGAAUGAUAAUCUGCAGUCAGAU